GGCUGCCCGCGGUAUAUAUCUCGGCGCACCCCGCCAGGUCGCGCACAGCGCCCCGAGCCCAGGCGCCUCCCCGCCCCCUCCCCGCGCUCCGCGGCGGCGGCGGCGGCAGCAGUAGCAGCAAUAUGGCUGUUGAUGGGUGUUCGGGGUGGCGCUGGCGGCGGGAGGAGCUCCCCCGAGCCCCUGCGCCGGCUGCCCGUUGCUAGCUAUGGCAAAUGGUGGCGGCGGCGGCGGCGGCAGCAGCGGCGGCGGCGGCGGCGGCGGCGGCGGCGGAGGCAGCAGUCUUAGAAUGAGUAGCAAUAUCCACGCGAACCAUCUCAGCCUAGACGCGUCCUCCUCCUCCUCCUCUUCCUCCUCCUCUUCUUCCUCCUCCUCCUCUUCCUCCUCGUCCUCGGUCCACGAGCCCAAGAUGGAUGCGCUCAUCAUCCCGGUGACCAUGGAGGUGCCGUGCGACAGCCGGGGCCAGCGCAUGUGGUGGGCUUUUCUGGCCUCCUCCAUGGUGACUUUCUUCGGGGGCCUCUUCAUCAUCUUGCUCUGGCGGACGCUCAAGUACCUGUGGACCGUUUGCUGCCACUGCGGGGGCAAGACGAAGGAGGCCCAGAAGAUUAACAAUGGCUCAAGCCAGGCGGAUGGCACUCUCAAGCCAGUGGACGAAAAAGAGGAGGCAGUGGCAGCUGAGGUCGGCUGGAUGACCUCUGUGAAGGACUGGGCAGGGGUGAUGAUAUCUGCCCAGACACUGACUGGCAGAGUCCUGGUUGUCUUAGUCUUUGCUCUGAGCAUUGGUGCACUUGUAAUAUACUUCAUAGAUUCGUCAAACCCAAUAGAAUCCUGCCAGAAUUUCUACAAAGAUUUCACAUUACAGAUCGACAUGGCUUUCAACGUGUUCUUCCUUCUCUACUUUGGCCUGCGGUUUAUUGCAGCCAACGAUAAGCUGUGGUUCUGGCUGGAAGUGAACUCUGUGGUAGAUUUCUUCACGGUCCCCCCAGUGUUUGUGUCUGUGUACUUAAACAGAAGUUGGCUUGGUUUGAGAUUUUUAAGAGCUCUCAGACUGAUACAGUUUUCAGAAAUUUUGCAGUUUCUGAAUAUCCUUAAAACAAGUAAUUCCAUCAAGCUGGUGAAUCUGCUCUCCAUAUUUAUCAGCACAUGGCUAACAGCAGCGGGGUUCAUCCAUUUGGUGGAGAAUUCAGGGGACCCAUGGGAGAAUUUCCAGAACAACCAGGCUCUCACGUACUGGGAAUGUGUCUACUUACUCAUGGUCACCAUGUCCACUGUUGGCUAUGGGGACGUUUACGCAAAAACCACGCUCGGACGCCUUUUCAUGGUUUUCUUCAUCCUCGGGGGACUGGCCAUGUUUGCCAGCUACGUCCCUGAAAUCAUAGAAUUAAUAGGAAACCGCAAGAAAUACGGGGGCUCCUAUAGUGCGGUUAGUGGAAGAAAGCACAUUGUGGUCUGCGGACACAUCACUCUGGAGAGUGUUUCCAACUUCCUGAAGGACUUCCUGCACAAGGACCGGGAUGAUGUCAAUGUGGAGAUCGUCUUUCUUCACAACAUUUCCCCUAACCUGGAGCUUGAGGCUCUGUUCAAACGACAUUUUACUCAGGUGGAAUUUUAUCAGGGUUCAGUCCUCAAUCCACAUGAUCUUGCAAGAGUCAAGAUAGAGUCAGCAGACGCGUGCCUCAUCCUUGCCAACAAGUACUGCGCUGACCCUGAUGCUGAAGACGCCUCCAACAUAAUGAGAGUAAUCUCCAUAAAGAACUACCACCCAAAGAUAAGAAUCAUCACUCAGAUGCUGCAGUAUCACAACAAGGCCCAUCUGCUAAACAUCCCGAGCUGGAACUGGAAAGAGGGAGAUGAUGCAAUCUGCCUUGCGGAGCUGAAGCUGGGGUUCAUAGCCCAGAGCUGUCUGGCUCAAGGCCUCUCCACCAUGCUCGCCAACCUCUUCUCCAUGAGGUCAUUCAUAAAGAUUGAGGAAGACACGUGGCAGAAAUAUUACUUGGAAGGAGUCUCAAAUGAAAUGUACACAGAAUAUCUCUCCAGUGCCUUCGUGGGUCUGUCCUUCCCUACCGUUUGUGAGCUGUGUUUUGUGAAGCUCAAGCUCCUGAUGAUAGCCAUUGAGUACAAGUCCGCCAACCGGGAGAGCCGAAGCCGAAAGCGUAUAUUAAUUAACCCUGGAAACCAUCUUAAGAUCCAAGAAGGCACUUUAGGAUUUUUCAUCGCAAGUGAUGCCAAAGAAGUUAAACGGGCAUUUUUUUACUGCAAGGCCUGUCAUGAUGACAUCACAGAUCCCAAAAGAAUAAAAAAAUGCGGCUGCAAACGGCUGAUAUAUUUUGAAGAUGAGCAGCCAUCAACACUGUCCCCCAAAAAAAAGCAGCGGAACGGAGGCAUGCGGAACUCACCGAGCUCCUCGCCCAAGCUGAUGAGGCAUGACCCCUUGUUAAUUCCCGGCAACGAUCAGAUUGACAACAUGGACUCCAACGUGAAGAAGUAUGACUCUACUGGCAUGUUUCACUGGUGCGCACCCAAGGAGAUAGAGAAAGUCAUCCUGACUCGAAGCGAAGCCGCCAUGACCGUCCUGAGCGGCCACGUCGUGGUCUGCAUCUUUGGUGAUGUCAGCUCAGCCCUGAUUGGCCUCCGGAACCUGGUGAUGCCACUCCGUGCCAGCAACUUUCAUUACCACGAGCUCAAGCACAUCGUAUUCGUGGGCUCCAUUGAGUACCUCAAGCGGGAAUGGGAGACGCUUCAUAACUUCCCCAAAGUGUCCAUAUUGCCUGGUACGCCAUUAAGUCGGGCUGAUUUAAGGGCCGUCAACAUCAACCUCUGUGACAUGUGCGUUAUCCUGUCAGCCAAUCAGAAUAAUAUUGAUGAUACUUCGCUGCAGGACAAGGAAUGCAUCUUGGCGUCACUCAACAUCAAAUCUAUGCAGUUUGAUGACAGCAUUGGGGUCUUGCAGGCUAAUUCCCAAGGGUUCACACCUCCAGGAAUGGACAGAUCCUCUCCAGAUAACAGCCCAGUGCACGGGAUGUUACGUCAACCAUCUAUAACGACUGGGGUCAACAUCCCCAUCAUUACUGAACUAGCUAAACCUGGCAAGUUGCCUUUGGUAUCAGUCAAUCAGGAAAAAAACAGUGGGACGCACAUUCUAAUGAUAACCGAACUGGUGAACGAUACUAACGUUCAGUUUUUGGACCAAGAUGAUGAUGAUGACCCCGACACAGAACUGUACCUCACGCAGCCAUUUGCAUGUGGAACAGCAUUUGCAGUCAGCGUCCUGGACUCGCUCAUGAGUGCGACAUACUUCAAUGACAAUAUCCUGACUCUGAUCCGGACCCUUGUGACCGGGGGAGCCACGCCAGAGCUUGAGGCUCUGAUUGCUGAGGAGAAUGCACUUCGAGGGGGCUACAGCACCCCCCAGACGCUGGCCAACAGGGACCGCUGCCGCGUGGCCCAGUUAGCGCUGCUGGAUGGACCCUUUGCGGACUUGGGGGAUGGUGGUUGUUAUGGUGAUCUGUUCUGCAAAGCUCUGAAAACAUAUAAUAUGCUUUGUUUUGGAAUUUACCGGCUGAGAGAUGCUCACCUCAGCACCCCCAGCCAAUGCACGAAGAGGUAUGUCAUCACCAACCCCCCGUACGAGUUUGAGCUCGUGCCGACAGACCUGAUCUUCUGCUUGAUGCAGUUCGACCACAACGCCGGCCAGUCCCGGGCCAGCCUUUCCCAUUCCUCCCACUCGUCCCAGUCCUCCAGCAAGAAGAGUUCCUCCGUGCACUCCAUCCCGUCCACGGCAAACCGACAGAACCGACCCAAGUCCCGGGAGUCCCGAGACAAACAGAACAGAAAAGAAAUGGUUUACAGAUGAACCGGAUAAUGCCUAUCCCAGAAACAUUCAAAUCAAGCCCAUGAGUACCCACAUGGCUAACCAGAUCAACCAAUAUAAAUCCACAAGCAGCUUGAUUCCACCAAUCAGAGAAGUUGAAGAUGAAUGUUGACUCCCAGGAGACCAGAACUAUUUUUUUAAAGCCUGACAAACUUCAUAAAUGGUGACGUGACUUUUCUUCCUCUUACAUGCUGAAUCACUGGUGGAGACGUUAGGAUAAGUGAGAAUUGCAAGAAAAAUAAAGUAGACAGAUCUUUCUCUUUGUCUGCCUUGAAUAUUGCUUCCAUGUAUUUUGGAAAAGAAAAUGAUUUCAUUUAUAAAUGAACAUACUAAAAUAGUCAUGUAUAGCCUCUAGCAUUUUAAAUUAUUUUUAUUUAUUAGAAAGAAAUAUAUUUUUUCUUUUCUUUUUUUCAUUGUCAAAUAUCUUCCCUGUAUCUAAACAAUGCAAAAUCAACAUGAGUAAGUGGCCAGACUCCUUAAUACAUCUUUCUCUUCUUUCUCUCUUUUCCUUUGAGGAGAAUGAUGGUCACCACCACAAUUAAUUGUAAUGAAGGCCAAUGGAUUACUAAAACAAUUUUCAAAUUGUCCAAUGAUGUAAACAUGUAUUUUAGUAAAUUCAUAAAAGAAGACAAAAAGGGGGGCAGGUGAAUUUCCUGGAUGGGUGUUGUAUCUUAGCUGCACUGACACCAGCUCUUAAUAAAUGGAAACUUAUUUAUUU